CAAGAUGAUGGACAUAGGACCGUGUGACGGUGCCUUUAAACGAUUUUAUUUCAACAUAGUAUCGAACAAGUGCGAAGAAUUUUCAUAUGGUGGAUGUGCGGGAAAUACCAAUAAUUUUCUAACACUAAAGGACUGUGCGACUCAGUGCAAAGAGAAAAAUGCUUGUCACAAUAUGAUGGACAUAGGACCGUGCGACGCUGCCUUUAAACGAUUUUAUUUCAACAUGGUAUCGAACAAGUGCGAAGAAUUUUCCUAUGGUGGAUGUGCGGGAAAUACCAAUAAUUUUCUAACACUAAAGGACUGUGCUACUCAUUGUGAAGAGAUAAAUGUUUGUCAGCAACCUAAAGCGGAAGGGCCAUGCGAGAAUCUGUAUGAAAGAUAUUAUUUUAAUGCCAAAGAAAAUCAUUGUGAAAAAUUUAAAUAUGGAGGUUGCCAGGGGAAUGGAAAUAAUUUCAUGACUUUAUUAGACUGCAUGUCUAAAUGUGCACCAAGACAGAUUGGAUGA